UCCGUCUUGUGACAACAGGAAGAAGAACGGUGUGAAGAUGCUGCAGCUACUGUGACAAAUAUCAAGGGUUUAUUUUGAGAAAGAGACACAAAAUGACUUCUGUUAUAAAAGAAACACAAAGCAUAAAAGAAGCUGUGACUCACAUCAACGCCAUCGAUGUGAACAAGUUCUCCAGGUUAAUCUCUCGCAUCAUUCAAAAGCUUCAUCUGAAGGGAGAGCGAACCUUCAGUGAAGAAGAAGAGCAUAAACUCCAGUCUGCGUUGUCAUUGGAUAAACAGGCUCUCAGCUUGGUCUUGGAAACAGCUGCCUUCAUAUUGGAACAAGCCGUGUAUCACAACAUAAAACCAGCAUCUCUGCAGCAGCAGCUGGAGGUGAUCCAUUUAAACCCAGAGAAAGCUGAGGUGUUCUCUCAAACCUGGGCCACUGCUGGACCUGAGCUCGUGGAAAAGCUAAAGCAAAACRUUCUCGCCCCUAAGAAGCUGGAACAUGUGGGCUGGCAGCUGAACCUGCAGAUGGCCCAGUCCAGCCAGGCCCGACUGAAGUCUCCCAGUGCCGUCCUCCAACUGGGGAUCAGCAGCGAAGAUUCUGAGGCUCRAGAACAUGUCUUUGUGGAAUUUAACCACCAGCAGCUCCUUGAGUUCUACAGCAAGCUUGAAAUCGUGCAAGGACAGUUGGAUUCCCUGACUUGAUGCCUGGUGCUCUGUGUACAACCACACCCACACAAACAUCAUGUUGUUAGUGUUGAUGCUGACAGCUCCACCAGCUGUUGUAGGCUGAGCAUUUCCAGUCUUUGCUAUGAUUUAUCAGAGAAAAAUGUCAAAUAUAGAGAGAGGUUUUUUUGGUACCUUUUUGAACUUUUCGCAAUCCACGUCAGUGCUCAAACUGCAAGCUCAGUGUGAGAAAUGUGAUGGUUUUUGGAUUCUUAUAAAGGAACAUUUAAUAUUACUUGAUGCUGUAUACAUUCCUCACAUUACAACAUAAUGUAUCUGUUAAGUUGGAGGAAAAAGUGCCAUUACUCAGUUGUCUUAAAAGUGAAUUUGCAACUUGUGAGGAAAACAGAAUGUCAACAUGUGACUUUGUGUGCAACAAAUGUGUUUUGUCAMUUUAGGAAUGAAAAUAAAGGAUGAGCUGAAAUCCA